AUGAUUGCUCCUGGCACGGCACCCUGGCUAGGAAAUGAAGCCGUGCCGUGUGCUGCUCUAGCAACACUGUGGACAUUCAUGGCUCGGGAAUUCCCGCGCCCUCGCCGGUCCUCAUCCUCGGUGCCCAGUCAAGUGCCCAAUCGGCGCCGCUUGCCCCUGGCACUUCGUACCCGCCUGCAUGGCCUGCGCCAUGCCUGCUCCCCAGCCUCUUCACCAGUUCGUAGGGCACUGUGGACACUGGCACUUUGCACUGCGCUGGGCCUGCUGCUAUCAUGGUCCUCAAACCGCGUGCUGCACUGGUUGGCUUUGCCCACGGCUACCAGAGUGCACACGCAAUGGGCACGCCAGCUUGACUUUCCCACCAUCACUAUCUGCAACAACAACCCAGUGCGACUCCCGCAGCUUACCAAAAGCGACCUGUACUUUGCCGGGCACUGGUUGGGCCUGCUGCACGCUAAUGGGACUGCGCGCUCUCUAGUGCUUGAGCUGCUGCUUGGUGAGCGUCUUGCUUGGUUUCGCAAGCUCUCUGACUUUCGACUCUUUCUCCCGCCGCGCCGCUUCCCAGGGACGAGCCUCGAGUUCCUCGACCGCCUCGGGCACCAGCUGGACGACAUGCUGCUCGCCUGCAAGUAUCGAGGAGAACCAUGCGGUGCUCACAACUUCUCCACUGUUUUUACACGAUAUGGGAAGUGUUAUAUGUUCAACGCAGCUGAGGAGGGCAAGGCUUUGAGAACCACGAUGAAAGGAGGGACUGGAAAUGGCCUGGAGAUUAUGCUGGAUAUUCAGCAAGAUGAGUACCUGCCUGUGUGGGGAGAGACAGAGGAGACGGCUUUUGAGGCAGGCGUGAGGGUGCAGAUCCACAGUCAAGCCGAGCCUCCGUUCGUACACGAGCUGGGCUUUGGGGUGGCUCCAGGGUUUCAAACUUUCGUAGCCACUCAGGAACAGCGGCUGACGUACUUGCCACCUCCAUGGGGAGAGUGUGUGUCCCAGACUCUGGGCUUCUUUGAGGUGUACAGUGUCACGGCUUGCCGUAUCGAGUGUGAGACACGCUACAUCGUGGAGAACUGUAACUGCAGGAUGGUGUACAUGCCCGGAGACUCUCCGUACUGCACUCCUGAACAGUAUAAAGACUGCGCUGAACCUGCACUCGCCGCUCUUUCAUCGGUGGAGGGCAGCAGCUGCAUGUGCAGGAACCCAUGCAACAUGACCCGCUACAACAAAGAGCUCUCCAUGGUCAAGAUCCCCAGCAAGACGUCAGCGCGCUACCUGGAGAAGAAGUUCAACAGAUCGGAGAAGUACAUCACGGACAACAUACUGGUGCUGGAUAUCUUCUUUGAGGCUCUGAAUUAUGAGACCAUUGAGCAGAAGAAAGCGUACGAGGUGGCUGGACUGCUAGGAGACAUCGGCGGUCAGAUGGGGUUGUUCAUCGGCGCAAGCAUACUGACAAUCCUCGAGCUGUUUGACUAUGCCUAUGAGGUGGUGAAGGACAGAAUCCUGGAUCUGUUGAGUCGAGGCGAGGAAGAAGAGAGUCGAGGAGAAGACGUGAGCACGUGUGAUCCAGUAGUGAAUCAUUCAGAGACGAUCAGCCACACAGUCAGUGUUCCUUUACAGACCACUCUGGGGACGUUGGAGGAGAUCGCCUGCUGAGUGUACUUCCCCUCCAGAGCAGCAGGAGGAGACACCAAAUCCUCCUCACCGUCCCUGCUGCCAGGAAACCAUGGGAAGAGACACAAAAUAAAAGAAAGGGGAAAGAAAAUGAUUCAUUUUCCCUGUUCGCUUAAACUGCUACAUGAUCGCUAUGUACAAAACCCAAAAAGAAACAAUGAUGGCAGCUCUGCCAGGCAAGACAAGUACACGUAAAUCUCACACACACGCACACAGAAACACACACACUGACUCUCAAAGUCUUCUCCAAAGCUGAAACUGAUGGACGAGACGGGAGACACAUUAACUCCUAAUUUCAAACUAGUGUGAGAAUGUGAACUGGAAGAGGACAUGAGUGUGUAAAUGCGUCGUCUCUCUUCUCGGCUGACGUUUUAAAGUCUACUGCCAAAACUCGAAGAACGCCAGCUGCAGAAGGACAAGAACCUUUGCAUGUGUCAGUUUCUCUGGCUGAGCUGCAUUUCUCUCUCAUCUGUCUCUCGCCGAAAGCGUCGUUCUGCUUACGUUGUGUGUCUGAUUACGUGCCAGUAGAGCUCUGUCCCGAACCCACU